AUGAAAGUAGGAUCAAUUAUAAAAUUACUUUCUAAUCUUAGAAUUCAAAUAGUUUUACUUGCAUUGGCUGGUUGGGCUCUUGCUUUAUCAAUAGAUAGAACCUAUGUAGAAGAUUUUAGAGAUAAAAGUGAUGCUUUUUUUAAAGAUACAGUACCAGUAAUGGUUAGAACAAAAAAUCAAAAUGCAGCUUUAAUUAUUUUAAGUAUUUUUGAAACCCUUCUUUUUGGUUUGGGUGUUGGUUUUUUUGUUGCAGUAGGUUUCCGUGUUUUCAAAAUUAAAAAUUCAAUGUUAAGAAAGAGAAUGAUUUGGUGCUGGGCAACUAUUUCAUUUUUUAUGAUAGAAUGGUGGCCACAUUCAACUUCCCACUUUUUAAUUAAUCAAAAUUUUGACCCACAAACAAAAAUUAAAAACUAUAUUGUAAUGGAAACUACAUUCCAUUGGACAAUUACAUUUUGUUCAGCCACACUUGGUUAUUUCCAAUAUGAUUUAAUUAAAUUAAUGUAUGAGGUUGCAAUGAUGAGAUUAAAAAUGAAAGAAGGUAGAGAAGUCGAUCCAUUAAAACAAGAAUGGUGGAAGAAUUAUUAUUAUCAUGCUGCUAUAAUUGCAUGUAUAUUCUUUGCUCCAGCUAUGGUUGUUUGUUUCCACUAUGAACCAGUUACCAUCUAUCAAGGUAUAGAUUUACUUGCUUGGCAAAAAUUCUUUUUUGUUACAUUCCAUAUUGUAAAUUCCGCAGUUCUUUCAGUUGGUGUUGGCUUUGCUUACGUUGCUAUAAGAACCAUUAGACUUUUACCACCAAGUCCAGGUAAAAGAGUAUCAGUUAUUUCAUCAAUUGCUAUUACUUUCCUUUUUAUAAUUCAAUAUCCACAUCCAUUUGUUCAUAACCAUACCCAAUUAAAUAUGUAUAAUGUUAUUGCAGUUGAUUUUGGUGUACAUAUUCCAAUUGUAAUUGCUACUGGUGUAUUAGCAUUCUAUCAAUUCCGUAUGUUAGAGUUAGCUACCGAUGAAAAGUCUUCACUCUCUGUAGCUGCUCAAAUGAGAAGAAAGAGUGGUUCAUCUCAACAUUCUGGAAACAACUCUAUGAAAUCAAUCGAUGGUGGUCAUGGUACAACUGGUUCAUUCGCCACAAGCUCGAUCGAAGAAAGUCUUAGUAAAAAUAGUUCACAAGAAGUAGCUCAACAACGUGAACAAGUUAUUGAAAUUAAAAAAGAUGCAGAAAAUAAUGUCGAAAUAGAAUUGGAGGAUAUUCAAAAAUAA